CAUACAUACAUAAAUCACAUAUACAUAGGGAGAACAUAUUCACACAGAGUGUUUACAGAUACAGGAAUGGGUACUUAAUGCAAUGAUUGUGACAAGUGUCGGUGAUGUUCGCUGAGUUCCGCUGGUGUGUCAUCUUAAGACACCAGCCAAACUACCUAAACCUAGCAUUCCCUCCUCAUAUGAAGCAAGAUAGCUCAGAGCAAGGGGGACUCUACAAAAUGCCAUCUCUGUUCUGUUUUGCAGGUCUAAACUAUUGCGGUUUGAAUCUUGUUGGUAUUCCAGACAAUAGAUGUUAACAGAUGAUUAUCUACCCUGCUUUUUGGGAAUUACUCCAUAGACAACCUAUCUGCAAUGUGUGAAUAUCAGAAAGUAAACGAAAUAAAGCCGAGAAGAUUGUUCGCCUCAUCGCCGCGGGAUAUUCCCUGUGGUUUUAUAUGAACACAUAACAGUGAAGAGGUAACGACUCAAAGGUCUAUCUAUGGAAAAUCUGAUCUCAAGUGCGCACCGUGUCUUCGCUGUACUGAGCCGCACAUAGACAUGUCGCUGCGAGGAGUGUCAAGCCUGCGAUUCGAGCUGCGAGUGUUUGCUGAAGUGUGACCAAAUGUUGACAUCUGAAGCGAGGCGGUGAUCAUAUUGUUAAUUGGCUUGCCCGAGGAACACUUUUAACCGAAGAGAAUUGCUGUCAGGCCAAUCUAUUUUUUCACUCACAGUCUCCACUCUAAACACGCACACAAACACACACGUAGACACACACAAGCGCACGCACAUGCAAGAAAGGGAGGGGCUGCUGUCGACAGAAGUGAACCGUAGAGAUAGCGUGAGCGUACUUACGACCGAAGCCCACACAGUGCAGGUUAACUUCGAACACGGAUGAGGUCGUUCCUCGAUUUGACCAAAGGCGACACCGCGCCGAGGAGUCGACUGACUGGAAUAGUGAGGGGUGGACGUGGAGUGUAAAACCACACGCACAAGUUACCGGACCACCCCAAGAAGCUGCCAAAUAAAGGUGCCCUCCUGCCGUCAGCCUUCUGUCCCCUGGGGGUUGGCUGGGGUACACCACCCCGAUGGGUCGCACCUGGAGAGUGGGUACCCCUAGACUAGGAUGACCAGGGGUGGGCCCCAGAAGCUGAAUCUUGGACUUUUUCUUCUUUUCUCUCAGGUCCAGAGUUAAAGCGUGGAGAUGCACGCCAGCAAGUUGAAGACCAGGAUUCUGGGCCUGAUGAUGGUCAAUGUUCUUGUCUUCAUCCUGGUGGACAUUUCCCUCAAGUUCAGCCAGGGCGAUGACCACAAGGUUCGAAUCCCGUCCAAGCGGUUCUGGAAAAAGGUCGUGGUUAGCGAGGCUUUCUGGAACCGUCGCCAGCAGCGAUUGGACCACAUACACAACCCGCUCUUUGCUUCGGCCAUCGCGGCAGGCAACGACACCUAUAUCGAUGCCACCGCGAUCCCAUUGGGGAUACUUGACUGGCUAAACGACACAAGUCCGGAAGACCCUUGUGUGCCCGACCACAGUGUGGCGUUGAGAGUGAAGGACUAUGACCUCCUGCCACAACGCUUUAAAGACUUCCUGCGCUUCAUGAGGUGCCGGUCGUACCCCAUGGUGCGGAACGAGCCGGACUUGUGCCGAGAGCCCCCUUUUCUGCUCCUUGCGGUGAAGUCGCUGGCGCCCCACUUCGACCGCCGCCAGGCAAUCCGUGAAUCCUGGGGGCGAGCGGGGACAGUUGCCGGGCGCAAGGUCAUCACGGUGUUCCUCCUUGGCAGUGCAACGUCGAUGGACCACUACCCGGAUCUGUCAGGGAUGCUGCGGCACGAGUCGGAGAUCAACCGGGACAUCCUCCAGUGGGACUUCCGGGACACCUUCUUUAACCUCACCGUCAAGGAGGUGCUGUUCCUGGAGUGGCUCUCCACCAGCUGCUCCGGGGCGCAGUACAUCUUCAAGGGAGACGACGACGUCUUCGUCAACACCUUCCGUAUCCUGGACUUCCUGGGCAGACUCCGGCAAUCCAAAGCCCAAGCCCUCUUUAUCGGGGACGUCAUCACCGGCGCCGGGCCGCACCGCAACAAAAAUCUCAAGUACUACAUCCCCGAGAGCGUCUUCCAGGGAAGGUACCCACCUUAUGCGGGCGGAGGGGGCUAUCUCUACUCGGGCAAGUUGGCACUGCGUCUGUACAACGUGUCGCAGCGCGUGUCGCUGUACCCCAUCGACGACGUCUACACGGGGAUGUGCCUGCAGAAGCUCGGCUUGGUACCGGAGAAGCACAAGGGCUUCAGGACGUUCAACAUCGACGAGAAGUACCGGGAGAACGCCUGCGCCUACGAGAGCCUCAUGCUCGUUCACAGUCGGACUCCACAGGAGGUUAUCCGAAUCUGGUCCUGGUUACGAGACCCCAGCCUGAACUGUAGCGUGGUGACUGCGAUUGCUUGACACAAUGCAUCUCUACCUAAUUUUGCUGGCUUAGAUGUGUUUGUUUUUUUGUUUUUUUCUUUAACUCUCUCUCAAAGACUUCAUGGCCCUGCUGAUAUUUAUGUUUGUUUUUGUCUGCGUUUACAGAUAAUAGGAGAAACAAAACAAUACAAUCUGUGAUCUGGACUCUAAAGAUCUAUUGUUGGAGCACUUUAAAAGUAAUGUUAUGUAUGCCUGCUAACUACUGUGCAUAGGCUUGCAGUAGCACACACCACAGACCUGAGAACAAGUUGACUGUCUCCUUAGGACUGGAUCAGUGUGUAGAUGCUUGGUGUGUGUAUCAAUCUGUUUCUCUGUGACUAACAAGAUUCUGUGUGUGUAUGUCUGCAUGCUUGUGCGUGUGUGCAGGCGUGCGUGUGUGCGCACGUGUGUGUGUGUGUGUGUGUGUGUGUGUGUGUAUUUAUUUGAUCUAAUUAUUGGGUUGUUUUUUGAAUUUCCUGUUUUAUAAUUUACUUGUUUACAAUUUUGCCUUGCAGAGGUGGAUAAAGGUGGACAUAAAAAGAACAGCAGUGGCUAGCUUCUCACCUUAUAUACUGUUAAACCAAUAUCCUCAGUGACAGCCUCUUAUUACCAUGUCCGUUGUGGUUCCUCUCCACAAUAAUAUUCAGUGUCCUGUCUUUUGUCAUUGGAUUUAUCACAUCAUAUAGUGCCCCCCUUCUCACACUCCUUUUUGAGUUCACAGUCAAAAAAAAAUUAAAUUCAAAAGACUGUUGAUUCAUUCAUCUUAUUUUAAACCUAGUUAUGUUUGCCCCCGACAAAAUGUCCCUGAUGCAGUAAAAUCUAAAAACUGUGAAAAAAAAGUUAUGUCUUCUACUAAAUUCUUGUUUGUUGAUGUUGUUGUUCCUCGCAAAUGAAGCCCCUGAUUUAAGUAUGGGUUUUGUUGGUUCAUUUACACUAAGCAACACUCUCUUCCUGAUCUCUGCAAGGCUUUUUCCUCAAUGGAAUUAUACAUUUAAUGUCCACGCUCAGCGUUAGUCAAAUGACUUGUUAUUCUUUCAGGUAUCCAUUUAUCUCUCUCUCUCUCUCUCUUGUGCUCUUUUUUGUCCACACGCACAUAAACACAAGAAAUGCUGCUCUGUAACCGGUCGUCAGGUGUUGUACUCUUUUUACUAUUCAAAUAGAUUUCAGAUGGGCUAUGGGGGUGGUGUUGACAGAACUUCCUGGAGCCAAAACGCUGUUUUUGUGUGUGACUUUGUGUUUUGUGAACACGAGAAAGAAAGCUUUUUUUAUAACUAAAUUAAUAAAAAGUCUGUAAAAAACAUGUUUCAUUGUGGUAUGAUAUACAGCACUGGGUAGAUCUCACUGAAUUACUGUUGAUGUGCGGUUUCCCAUUUUACAUAAUAAAAGGGAUCAAAGUGUCCUUUCUGUUAAUAGCAGAAAAUGUUUUGUCAAUAUAAUCCUGUCCUAA